CUUUGCUUCUUCGUUGGAUCCCGGCGCGCGAAAGGAUGUCCUCCUCGCUGGACGUGGUGCGAGCUGUCCAGGCCCUGGAGGAGUCCUUGCAGCUGGAGGAGCUCAGAGAGCCCGGGACGCUGGGCGGCGCCAUCCCCAGCCCCGUGCAGCAGGUUCUACGAGCGCUGGACGCCAGCACUCACCUGGUGGGCAAAGAUGCCGAGGAGCCGACAGUGGUGAUGCUGCAGACGAUGCGCCAGCACCUCGGGGGCUCUGCAGCUUCGGACCUGCUGCUGAGCUUGCUCUCCAGCUCCGCCUUUCUCUUGGCCUCAGACCCGCGCAUGGCGAAGUUGCUGGGGCCCACCCCACCGCUGCUGAGGCGGCGGGUGCUCAUGGCCUUGGUGCGAGAGAUCGACUCGCUGUGGGCAAACUUUGGGCAGCUCCUUCUGCAAAGGCUGAAGACCUUCCUCAAGGGCUUCCGGUGGCUAGAUCGGGACGAAAGCGGCGCCUUCGGGCAGACGGAGUUUGUUCGAGCCUACAUGGAGCUGUGCAUGCAGGCGGGUGCUGCCGCAUCAGCGGAGGGUUUCAAGAGCUACUACGAGAUGCUGCGCGCAGACGCAGAGUUCCUAUUCCGGCUGCUUGCCGGAUCGCAAUCGGAGAGGUCCCGGACCCAGGAUGAAGAUGAUGAGGUUGGCAUUUCCCUCUACAGCCUGGUUACUAGAGUGGUGGGCCUGCACGAUCAGGAUUUGGUGACCUUCCGGCGUCAGGUGUUCUCUCACCAUGCAGGCAUUGAGGUGGCUUUCACCACUGUCCGCGAAGAUGUCACCGAGCUGCCAGUGCCAGCGUUCGUGGAAUGGUGCACGAGGCUUCGACACUUGGAUGAGAGGCUGCGACGCCGGCCUUUCUUGCCGGGCGGCUUUCUGGAAGAUGAGGAUGAGCCGAAGAAGCUCGUGACGAGCCCUGAACUCGAGGCCAAGUGCCAGCGCCUCUUCAGAGGUCUAGACGUGAACUGCUCCGGUGCGCUGUCUGUGACUGAAGUGAAGCAGGCCUUCGCCGAGGUGGCCCCUUCGGUGUCCUUUGCCUCGAUCCGGCGCCGCAUCCUGUUGACACAAGGCUCGCUGCCCACACUCAUGAGCGAGGUCAAGAGGGCGUCCGAAGACAAAGACUCGGACAGUGAGGUGGAGUUUGCCACUGGUGCAGCAGGCAAGGUACAGGCGGAGAAGAUCUCCGAGCUGCUGGAGCUGCCAACGGCGCAGGUCUGUAGCUUCCUGGAGGCGCUGGAGGUCAAGGACGCCUCUGGCAAGCGCAAGAUCAAGCUGCCGGAUGACGGCACAGACUACUCCUUGGAAGAGCUGGCCAUCAGCAUAUUCCUCUGCAAACCGCCGGACAGAGAUCUUGAAGACCUGAUCUCCGAGUUGCCGAAGCAGGACCGGGACAAGGGCCUGUCCCUGGACGAGUUCCAGCGCUACGUGAUCCGCCGCACUGAUCGGCACAUGACUCUGAAGCUGGCGGCGAAGAGCAAGCCCAAGACGGAAGCCAAGCGUGCCAGCACUGCUGUGACGAGCAAAGCAGACCGCUCUUCCAAGCCGUGCUCCCUCUUCACCUCGGAGGGGUAUCUCCCUGCCAAGUGCACCGCGGAGCAGCUGCGGGUGGUCUAUGAGGCGCUGGAGCAGAAGAACCCCUGUGUCUCUGUGAAUGCGCUGUUGAGCUCAAUGAAGAACGUCUCGGAUAUCUUGGCGAUUGACCAACGGAGCUAUCAAGGGGGAGAGCGGAUUGUUUGCAAUGUGAGAUUCGGCUCGGAGACAGUGCCGCUGCUGGGGAAGUGCCCCGUGGUGGCCGUCGUGCCGUCCCGGAUGACCUGGGCCGAGGAGCAGAAGGGCUGGAUGCUCGACGGGCAGAAGGUCAAGACUUUCGCGCAGAUCGGGAGCUUGCCCACGCCGCUGCCACCAGGCUCCUCCGGCGUCUUCCGGGAGGCGGUGCUGUGGCUGACGGCGCCCUGGGGCGUCACGGAGCACCGGGGCUUCGACGUGAGGCUCUUCGUCUCGGACCAGGGCAGAGUGCCGCUGAAGCAGGUGGGCAUCCCGGUGAGCUUCGCAGUGCACAUGCCCUCCCCCCCGGCACCCGUCCUGGAGGACGUCAUCCUGGAGCCAGGGGCUGACAGCUGUUCCGCACUGCUGCACUGGGUGCCGCCCUUGGCUGCCACCUACUGCCCGCCCAUCCUCAAGCACAUUCUGCACAUUGAGCCGGUCAUUCCUCGCACGCAGCAGACACUGGAAGGUGGCAUGGCCGGCGAGGGGUGGUCUUUUCUGGAGGAGUUGGAUGUCUGGAACCGUGAGCUGCGGGACUUUGAAAAGCGGCGGAGCUUCAAGAUCGAACACCUCCAGCGUGGCGUCCCCUACCGCUUUGCCGUGCAAUGCGUGCAUCAGGUGCCAGAUGCCGCCUCGUCGGUGAAGGAGGUGCUGGGUGCUCAGAGCGACUUCUGCGAGGCCCAGACAAUGCCGCUGCAGCCGGCGCCGCCCCAGCCAGGUGCUCCAGACGUGCGAGCCUGGCACAACACCGGCAAGCUGGAAAUCCUGGAGGUGUUGCUACCUUUCGCAGAGGUGGACUCAGUUGAUAGGUUCUGCCGCGUGGAUAUUGAGUACCGAUCGUCGGGCGAGUGGCAGAGGAUCCCAGAAGCCCAGAUGUACCUGAGCCACGAGCCCAAGUGGGAUGACCGCCUCGACAGCUUCGCCCUGUCUUGCUUGCUGAUCGGCCUGAAGCUGGAGACGAGGGAGGGUCUGGAGUUGCGUGCCCGGUCCUUCAACAGCUCUGGGCCAUCAAGCUGGAGCCCAGGGGCGCAGCUGGUGCUGGACGGAAAGGAGGACGAGGGCGGUGCCGACGCGGAGAGCGCGGAGUUGCACAUCCUGGCCGUGGAGGUGCUGAAGACUUCGGCCGCGGUACUGGACCCCAAGGACCACCUGCCGAGGAACAGCGGCGCCAGCGCCCUGCCCAGGAGCCGCACCCAGUCCAGGAUGUCCAGUGCACGGCCCUCCACCACAGAGAGCUCGGCCAAGAUGCCGAGAGCGUUGACCCAGGCUUUGGGUGUGGCGCGCGUGAGCUCUGACUGCGGAGCCCCACGGCUGGAGGGUCCCCGCACGCACUGCUGCAUCCAGUGGCACAUGGAGGAAGGGGAUCUCCACUACCAUGUGGAAGCACGAGAGGAGCGUUUGCCCUUCUACGCGCCUUGGGCCCCGCUGCCGGCGUAUUUUCGGAAUCAGAAGGAUGAGAAGGUCGCUGAAGUCUUCGUGGGAGGCCUGGAGCGCUUCCCGGCGAAUGAAUCUUUACUGCUGCGCUUGGUGAAGGGCUCCGCCAAGCGCGGAGGCGUCAGCGCCACGGUGCGGGUGCCCGGUGUCAUGGGCCCCCCGGCGCCUCCUACGCUGCAGCUCACCAGGACUUUGACGUCGCCGGGCAGCGAGCAGCCAGUUGUGGAGCUCACUUGGCCGGCCAACAAGGAGCUGGAAAAGGGUGUGGGCCAUGUGAUUGAGGCGUCCUGGGAGCUUGGCGACAGCCGCACGGAGUGGGCGACGCUGUGUACUGCCAGGCAGAUGGAUUCGGCCAACGAGGAAGCCAAUGUUUGCUUUGUGCAGCUACAGCAGCCAGAAAUCAAAGCUGCAGGCGCUGCCUCCCAGUGCUGGCUGCGACUGCGGUGCUUGGGCCCGGACGGGCGUUUGGGGGACCCGUCGCCUGAGACGGACGCCGUGCAGCUGGCUGAUGCGAUGCGCUCUGCUGUGGCAGCACAAGAGGCCUUGAGGCGCGCCUCGGCGCGGAAGACCCCCCGCCGGCCGCAGCAGCUCACCGUGCUGGGCGGCAGCAAGAACCUCUGGGAGGUCUCCUGGGAGCAGAAGAGGUCGGCCGCCACGUCGGCCUUCGAGGCGGAGGUCUGCUUUGGCACCGCGGGCUCGGAUUCGCAGGACUGGCAACCAGUGCGCAGCCUUUACCUGCAGCAGAUGACGGAGGAUUCCACCGAAAAGGAUGCUCCUGCGGGUCCUCGGUUAGUCCAGGCGUCUGUAUCGCUGGAAGCGGACUAUACCCACCUGGAGCAAGCUUGGCGGCUGCGAGUGCGGGUGGCAGGCGGUGACUGGUCCACGCCCAGUGCUUGGCAAGAGCCCAGCGGCACAGCCGCGGAGCUGCCGCAUCCCUCCAAGCCCUCCGUCAGGAGCAACGUGUACACCUACACCUUGGAGUGGGCGGUGAGCGGUGGGGAUGCGCUGGUGCAGACCUUGCGAUACGAGGUGCAGGUUCAGGCGCGGAAGAGGCGAGGCAGCAGCAAGUUCUCGGAUUGGGUGGCGGUGCGCAGCUUCUACAGCCCCGAGGAGGCCUCGGGGAACUCCUGCGCGGUGACGGCGGUCGUCGAGCGCGCCGCCGCCGCGGAGGCGGUGAAGGUGAGCUUCGGCUACGAGGAGCUCCGCUUCCGCGUGCGGGCGCUGAGCACGCAGGGCGCCUCCGCCUUCUCCGAGCACUCGGAGACGGAGAUGCUGCAGGUGGCUCAACCUGCAGUGCAGGGCGAGGUGCCCCUACCAGACCUGGCCGGCCGUGGCUACGUGCUGCUGGAGGAUGAGAAAAGCAAGGCUUUGGUGCAAUCUGAGCUGCUGCACUUGUGUUGGCCAAAGCCGGAGCUGAAGGUGUCAGAGCUGAACGAGGGCACGCCCCAACUGGAGUAUCGCCUGGAAACCUUGCUGGGGACUGAGGACGACGAGUCCGACUGGCAGGCCAACCGGGCGCUGAUCAUCUCGGAGCCCGAUUCCAGCAUCGUGACUGCACUGGUGCCCUUGCCAGAAGAGGAGGAUGAGGAGGACCUUGACGUUUCCUUGACGGAGGAGGAGACUCGAAUUUCCUUGGCCCGGAAGCUGCAGCCAGUGGAGGCGCGCUUCCGGCUCUGCGCGGAGCGUCCCUCCAGUGACAUUUGCCGCUUUGACCCGGUGCACUCUGCGCCCUCCGCCACCUUCUGCUGGGAUGCGCCGGAGAUGCCCGAGCAGGUGAACGUUGUUGGUGCUGCGGGAAACAUGCUCUGCGUGGUGUUCCAUUGGACCUCGCUGGCAAGAUGUUGCCGAGGCCUGCUGUGGGCGUGCCUAGAGCUCCGCUUCGGCGACAACGAGGCGCCCGAGGAGGAGCGGCCCGAGGCCGAGGCCGAGGCGGAGUUGGAGAUGUCCGACGUGGCUUCGGAGACGCAGUCGGAGAUCAUAGGCGGGCUGCCGGUCUUCUGGCAGCCGGCCUCGGAGUUGCGGCAGCUGAGCGGCGCGAAGGUCGGUGCCGCGACGCCCAGUCAGCUCCUUGCCCAGGCCUGCUCCGACCGGCCAGCUGAGACAACGUGUGUUGGCAUGAUUCCGCUGCCCAGCCACUCUCAGAUGAGCUCGCUUCGAGUGCGGCUCCAGCUUUCAGUCAGGCAUUCGGUGGGUCAGAGCGCCUGGAGCCAGCCCUUCGCUUGGGAAACGGAGGAGAAGGCGCCUGAGGAGGUGCCUGCGGUGCGAAUGGUUCACCUGCAGUACCCGGACUGGUGCUGCGUGCUGCCGGGCCCCGACGAGCCCCUGCAGGAGUUUGCUCCAAGGGUAGUGCUCAAGGAGACGACGCAGAUUGGGUCCAGGGAGAUAGUCAUCACCGAGGUGAAAGAAGAAGCUCGGCCGAGGCUGCGCUACGAGGUGGUGCAAGGAGAGCUUCCGCCGUGUUUGUCGCUGGACAGCUCCAACGGCGUGAUCACCUGGAAGGAUUCGGUCCCACAAGAUGACGACGAGCCGAUGCAGGGGAUCAUGGAUUCCUUCGUAGCGCAGGUGUCCUUUGAGGAGGCCUGGUCUGAUGAGCACGCAGGCCUCAGCGCGCCGCAGGGCCUGGGCGGCUCGGCACCUCUGCAGCUGGCGGCAGCACCCGUGGCUUUCGGUGGCGAUGACACCACCUGGGAGCUCGUCAGGGGCGUGCUGCGCGGGGCGGCUUUAGAGGCGCUGCAGCAGCGGGGGGUGGAGGCGACGCAGGCGGCCUCAGAGCUGCUGCAGGACCCGGAACUGGUGGAAGGCUUUGCAGACAUUUGUGAAACGCUGGCGAGCGACGUGGGCCUGUCGGCGUACGAGGUGGUCAUGCGAGUGCUGGAGCUUCCGUCCAACUACCUGGAGCUCGCGGCCGAAAUGGACCCAGAUGACUUCUUGGACGUCCUUUGUAUGGCGCUGGAUGCCACAGAUCCCGACGCGGAGGAUGAGGCAGACGAGCGCAGCGACGCCGGCCUCGCGAGCCUAGAUGAUGGCUCGGAGGCGAGCCGGCAGGGGCUGUCGGACGACGGGCUGGGCUCCAGCAGCUCCGACACCGACUCAGACCACCAGGCUUGUCCGAUCCUGGAUGGAGAGAUUCGGGUGGAACUGACCCCGACUAAGAAGAACCAGCAGCAGCAGUCGCCCUCCCUGAGGAACAUCCUCGGAGCCAAGCUGGCGAUUCCGAGCCCUACUGGCUCAGAAGGCGAGGCUCCGGUCGAGGGGACCAACUCCAACCGGAUGAGCCUGAGCAAGGCUGUGAGCCUUACCAAGGCAGUGGCGGCGCUGGGGGCAAGGCGGGGCUCCCUGGCGAUGCAGCGCCGGAACUCCGCGACCAUGGCGGCGAGGCGCGCGAGCCGGGCGGAGCUGCAGCGCCGCAACAGCCGGCUCUUGCCCGAGGGGUCUUCGGAGAACCUGGACGGCACUGGCAGCGCUACUGUCGGCAAGUUCCGGAGCAUCCGGCGGAUCUCCAGUCAUGUGAACAACGUCCAUCCAGAAGACGAAGGGGCGCAAAUGGCGCCAAAGGUCAGCAUGAGGGAGAAGCGAGAGAAGGAGAAGCCGGAACUGGAGCUGUCCUACAAUAUGCCUCCCAUGUGGCCCGCGUUCGAAGAGCUGGAGUUCUACCCCACCAUAAACUCUCAGAAGCCGAAAGCGCGGCGGCGGUCUAUCUUCCACUCAGUGACCCACACAGGCUCCAUGUGCGAGGAGCCGGCCCGGCGGGAUUCCCUGCCGAAGCCGCGCUUCUCUAUUUCUCCAGGACUCCCGGCGCAGAUCGCCCUGGAUGAGUCGACCGGGAUCAUCAGAGGCUGUCCUCUCAUGGAGCAUGUGACGGGCCGCUCUUACAUCGUCACAGCCUGCGACCCCACCACCGGGGAGACCAUGGGCAGAUGCUCUCUGCUCUUCGCUGUGGCGCCGGCGGAGGUUGCCAGGCUUUGCAAUGCGGCGUUCCUGGGAGCGGCCAAGGAAUCCACUGGCUACCCCGGGAUACUGAAGUCCCCGCUACUGGCGAAGCAGCCGGACCCGGCUCGAGAUGGAGCGACCCUUCAUACUCUUCUGGGCGAAACGGCGAGGCAAGGCUUGCCGUCCACGCUGCAACCGCCGCUGCAUGGGACCAUCCCAGCGCUUUCCUCAGCGAGGCCAUGGAUGACUGCUCGAGAAGCUUUGUGCGCUUCUUUGGCCAAGCAUUCUCCCCGGCAGACGGGCGUCAGACCGCUGGGGCCCCCGCUGAAGGAUCGGGAGCGCAAGGCGACCCUCAAAGGCUCGCCCUGGUUACCGCCAGUGAAGCUCCUCACGCCUCGGAAUUGAUUUGGGAAAAGCUCCAAAGAGCCGAGCAGGAAGUCAAAUACCAAGUGCCUGUUGCAAGCGAAGCGCUUUUGCAAAUGCGAGUACUCGUGGCUCUUUUUAAUAGCCUGCCUAUGCUGGGAGCCGGCGAAAGGCGGGUCUUAGAACUUGACAUUCCGUUGAGGACAAAGAGGC